CUCUCUCGUGGCAUCAUCGAGGCAUCGACAGGGGUGCCAUGAGCCAUCCUCGAAUGCAUUUGACUGAACGUGCAUAGCAUGCUAGCUUAACCCGCCCCAGUUGCCUUGUUCAUGUGUUUUUUUUCUUUUUGCGAAUUAUUAUGUUGGUUAUGGAUGUAUGUUGAUGCAUAUUAUAUGUGAAUUUCACUCUUCCUGAAGAAUAACAUUCAGAUGCUGAUUCUUUUGUUUCAAUGGAAUGGUUUUCUGCAGGUGUGCGCUGUGAAAAUAGCUUAACCACUGCUCCGAGACUCGUUCCGUCCAGCUACGAGUCAGGCAGGCAGGCGGCGGACGAAUCCCAGCUGCGGAAGCGGGACGGGGCAACCACUGCUCCUCCACUCCCGCUAAAAUAAUUGCAGCAGGGAGAGCGAGCUCAACGCAGCGUGCCGUCCUCUCCUGCUCGAUUUCUUUCUCCGGCCGGUCGAUGCAUGUCAUGCCAAGCACCAACGACGAAAACUUCCCGCCUCGCAGCGUCGCAAAGCGAUCGCAAUCACCGGCCCGUCCCGUCGUGGCCGUCCCGUCCGCGAAUUCUCCCCGUCUCCUCUCUCUGUCUGUCUCUACAUAUACGCGCGCCGGCCCUCCCACGUCCGUCCUCCAAGAAGGCUCGAGCUGUGCAACGCGGCUGCGACACCGGGCGCACCGCCAAACACGUCGUCGCCGCGCGCGCGCGCGUGAUGAGGGACCUCGAGGAGUUCCGGGGCAGCGGGCCGCCGUCCCACGGCGGCGAGGGGGGCGCGGGGUCCGUGUCGUGGUGGUCGGACGACCCCGAGGCGAAGCGCCGGCGGAGGGUCGCGGGGUACAAAGCCUACGCCGUGGAGGCCAGGGUCAAGGCGUCGCUCCGCCGGGGGCUCCGCUGGAUCAAGGACCGUUGCACCGGCCUCGUCCGCCGCCACUGACCGGCGACGAGGUGCUGUCGCAGUCGCGUUAACCUUUUCAUGGCGUGGCGUGUCAGGGCGCUUUAAUCGGCCUUGGUGUUUGUAAAUGUUCGUUCAUGCAAGUUUGUGCUUCUUCUUCUCCCUGUGUUCCCGGGCUGUGCAUGUUCAUGCGUGACCGCCUGAUUGUUUUGCUGUUCUUACGGAUGCAAGAAAU